AAGAAAAGUCCUCCCCAACAACCCAGCAUCAGGAAUUACGGAACAGCUAUAGAACAGCAUGCGGCUAGACGUGAAGAGACAACUUUUUGCCCGCUCCGACAGAGUGAAGGGGAUUGAUUUCCAUCCUAUAGAGCCUUGGGUUCUAAGCACUUUAUACAGCGGUCAUGUCAAUAUCUGGUCUCAUGAGACCCAGACUUUGGUAAAAACGUUUGAAGUUACGGAUGUUCCUGUCAGGGCCGGCCGAUUUAUUGCCCGAAAGAACUGGUUUGUGGUGGGCUCUGAUGAUUUCCACCUCCGAGUCUUUAAUUACAAUACCUCGGAGAAGAUUGCUGCAUUCGAGGCUCAUCCGGAUUACAUCCGUUCCAUCGUCGUACAUCCUACUCAGCCAUUUGUGCUCACUGCUAGUGAUGAUAUGACUAUCAAGCUAUGGGAUUGGGAGAAAGGAUGGAAGUGUGUACAAACUUUUGAAGGGCAUGCGCACUAUGUCAUGAGUUUGGCAAUCAAUCCAAAAGAUACCAACACCUUUGCAAGUGCAUGCUUGGAUAGAACUGUUAAGAUAUGGAGUUUGGGCGGCGGUGGAAAUGCUAAUUUCACAUUGGAAGCCCAUGAGACGAAAGGUGUCAACCAUGUCGACUACUAUCCGGCAGCCGAUAAACCAUACAUCUUGACCACCUCCGAUGACCGAACAAUCAAAAUUUGGGACUAUACCACAAAAUCUUUGAUUGCCACAUUGGAAGGACACACAUCUAAUGUAUCCUUUGCUUGUUUUCACCCUGAACUACCAGUUAUUGUUUCGGGUUCGGAGGAUGGAACUGUUAAGAUUUGGCAUGCCAACACCUAUCGUCUCGAGCAAACAUUAAACUAUGGUCUUGAAAGAGCCUGGUGUGUUUCAUCACAGAAGGGAAAGAAUGCUAUCGCGAUGGGAUUCGAUGAAGGGUGUGUUGUGGUUAAGAUGGGAAGAGAGGAGCCCGCAGUCAGCAUGGAUGCGGGUGGAAAGAUAGUGUGGGCUAGGCAUAGUGAGGUACUGACGGCCGUUAUUAAACCAAGUGAUGUGUCAGCCAAAGAUGGUGAACCUCUAUCACUUCCCUCCAAAGAUCUAGGCUCUUGCGAAAUCUACCCUCAAUCACUCCUGCAUUCCCCCAAUGGCCGUUUCGUUUCUGUUUGUGGUGAUGGAGAAUAUAUUAUUUACACUGCUCUUGCAUGGAGAAACAAAGCCUUCGGGCAGGCAUUGGAUUUCGUUUGGGGUUCCAGGGAAAACAGCAAUGAUUAUGCAAUCCGCGAGAGCCAGACGAGUGUAAAACUAUUCAAAAACUUCAAAGAAAAACCAGGAGGAUUGGAUGUGGGCUUUCCCGCCGAUGGGUUGAUUGGUGGCGUUCUAUUGGCUGUUAGAGGCCAGGGAUCAGUUGGACUCUUUGACUGGGAAACUGGUGGGCUUGUCCGAAGGAUCGAUGUUGUCCCCCAGGGUGUGUUCUGGUCAGAUAGUGGUGAGCUUGUUAUACUCGCAUGCGAGGAUACAUUCUAUGUCCUUCGUUUUGACAGAGACGAGUACGCUGCCGCCGUGCAAAAUGGGACUGUUGAGGAGGAUGGCGUUGAGGCCGCCUUCGAAGUCAUCACGGAUAUCAAUGAAACGGUUCGCACCGGAGAGUGGGUCGGUGACUGCUUUAUUUACACCAACUCCACAAACCGCCUGAACUACCUCGUUGGUGAUCAAACCUACACUAUCUCUCACUUCGAUCACCCUAUGUACCUCCUUGGAUAUCUUCCGCGCGAUGGUCGCAUCUACCUUGCUGAUAAGGAUGUUAACGUUCUUUCCUAUGCUUUGUCACUCAGAGUAGUAGAGUACCAAACUGUGGUUCUGCGUGGCGAUAUGGAAGCUGCUGCGGAGAUUCUAGGUGAUAUCCCAGAGGACCAGAAGAGCAAGAUUGCUAGGUUCUUGGAGGGGCAGGGCCACAAAGAUUUGGCAUUGGAGAUUGCCACAGAUCCCGAGCAUCGAUUUGACUUAUCGCUAUCGCUUGGAAACCUCGAUACGGCCUUAGAAAUCGCUAGAGAGGCCGAUGCAGAACAUAAAUGGAAGACUGUGGGUGAUGCCGCCCUACUAGCGUGGGAUUUGGUCCUUGCGGAGGAGUGUUUCAGGAAUGCUAAAGACAUUGGCUCACUACUUCUCUUGCGCACUGCGACCGGCAAUCAAGAGGGUCUGAGGGAACUCGCAGGUUCUGCUAUCAUUACUGGGGCCAACAAUAUCGCUUUCGCUGCUUUAUGGCAAACAGGAGAUAUCAAGGAAUGUACCGAACUAUUGGUAAAAACAUCCAGAAUUCCGGAAGCAGCUCUCUUUACUAAAACCUAUAAACCUUCAUUAACAACGGAAGUGGUGUGCAAAUGGAAAGACAAUCUCAAGGAAAGCAAAAAGGGAAAGCUCUCCGAGGCUAUUGGAGUCCCAGGCGAGGACGAGGAGUUGUUUCCAGAGUGGGAUCAUUAUUUGAGACUUGAAGGGGAGGACGGAGGAGAUUUGAUCGAUGUUAGUGGGGCGGAGGAUGGGGAAAUAGAGCAAUAGUUCUCUUGCGGGUGGUGUCUUCGCAAAAGGUUUUUUUCUUCAUUUUCUGCUCAUUAGUUUUGAAACAAUGACAAUGACUGGAUGUCGUUACAAUAUUAUACGGAUUGAACGAAUUUUAUCUCAAUACCCGGUAUCAUGGAGAAAA